CUAGUUUAAACUAAAGUUGCAUUUUUAGAGACCAGGGCCAUUAGAAAAUGUUUAAGAUUCAUGUCAUGAAGUGGAACUCCUCAAAACCAUCUGCCGCCUUUUCGGAAUGUAAAUAAUGUAACACUUCCUGUCUUGAAAUAAGUCGCGUGUUUUGAAACGUUUGCACUGACGAACCUACAUGUGGAUAUUUUCCAACGUCUUUGUAUCGCUACUACAGCUAAUGACCUAUGUAGUAGCCUCGUAUAAUUCAUAUGACGCAAUUUUAGUUUGAAAUACCGUUGUAAUUUAGUAAGUAGCAAUCUUGUUCCUCGCCUGACUAGAGUAAGCUAGCUACCGCCGGGUAAGUUAGUUCGGGAAGCGUUGGCUCGUGUCUCUGUAUCGAUUAAAACGUAAUUUGCCAUAGUAUAUAGCAAGCAAGCCAACGUUAUCCAAAAGGAAUUUGUUUUGCUGAGUUCAUUGACUUCCGUUAGUCGGUAAUAUUAAUUGAGCUACAAAAGAACGGUAGUAUCCGCUAACGUUAGCUAGUACGUAACUUAGUCAUCUAACAGAUAGUCCAACAUGGUCUUCUUCACGUGCAAUGCGUGUGGUGAAUCACUAAAGAAAGCCCAAGUAGAUAAACAUGUGAACAUGUGCCGUGGAUGUGAAAUUUUGUCAUGCAUUGACUGUGGAAAAGACUUUUGGGGAAAUGACUACAAGAACCACAUCAAAUGCAUCACUGAGGAUCAGAAGUAUGGAGGCAAAGGCUAUGAGGCUAAGUCCAACAAAGGGGAUGUCAAACAGCAACAAUGGAUUCAAAGAAUCCAAGAAGCCAUGAACAAACCAGGAAUCAGUGCCAUGCUGAAAGAUGUUCUAAGUCAAGUCAGUUCAUAUGAUAACGUCCCACGAAAGAAGUCAAAGUUCCAGAACUGGAUGAAGAACAGUCUGAAGAUCCACAAUCCCACGCUGCAUGACCAGGUGUGGGACAUCUUUUCAGCAGCAACCAGCAACCCAGCUCCCGAAGCCCCGAAACAGACAGAGGAACCCGGGAAGUCUGUUGCUGACAGCAAAAUCGAGUCUAAUGGGAGCCAUCAGAAUGGCACAUCGGAGGAGCCACCACCAGAGAAGAAAAAAUUGAACAAGCGGGAGCGCAAAGAGGCAAGACAAAAGAAGAGCGGGAAGAAAGAAAAAGCCCUGGAGAACGGUAGCACCGAGGAGGAAGCCAGUGCAGGCAAACGAAAGGACAAGAAAAGGAAGAGGAGUUCUGAGGAAGACGGGGAGCAAAAAGGCCAGGAUGCUGGAGGCGAGGUGACUACCAAGAAACGGAAGACAAGUAAAAAAGACUGUUCCGAAGAUGACCGAAACACAGAGGCGGCUGAGGAGGAGGCAGAGGGUGUUGCAGGUUCGAAAGGCAAGUUCAAUUGGAAGGGAACGAUAAAGGCAGUCUUAAGACAAUCUCCUGAAGAAGGACUUGCAGUGAAAAAACUCAGGAAGAAGGUUUUGUCAGCUUACUACUCAUUCAGCGGAGAGAGAAAUUUCAAAUCAGAAGAGGAGCUGCUAGCACUCUUCAACAAGAAGAUUAAAGGCAACCCCAAGUUUAGAGAAUUGAAAGACAAAGUUAGACUUAUAAAGUAAAUCUUUCAUCAAUGUCAUGAAUUCCAGCAUGGCUGUUUUAGCAACUCACUGUCGUCCUCCAUGUUGUGCGUGUAAUUUUUGUAAAGACAAUUAAAUCAUCUUUAACACCAA